CACUGAUGGGUGACACUGAAAGGCAGCUCAGAUGGGCACUGAUAUGUGGCAUUGAUGUGUACUGGUAGGCACUGAUAUGUGGCAUUGAUGUGGCACUGAUGGACACUGACGGACACUGACAGGUGGCACUGAUGGACACUGACAGGUGGCACUGCUGGGGCUACACUGAUCAUCAGGGUACACUGAUCAUCAGUGCCCUGAUGAUCACCGAUUACCGGCUCUCCUCUCCUCUGUCCGAGGGACACAGCGCAUCGCCGCGCAUGCGCGGACAAUCGGAGGACGUCAUAAUCACGGCAAGUGAUGUAUUC